CCCUUUUGAUUUGGCUGUCAUUUGUCCAAAAAAGCAAUUUAAACUUACAUACAUUUUUUAGACUAGAAAUUAGAAAGUUAUAUUUGAUUGUUACCCUCAGAAUAAGAAGCAAGACGUUUCGUCUGUUUAAUGAAAUGGCUGCCACACGUCGUCUGACACGGGAACUCUCCGAUCUGGUGUCGGCCAAUAUGAGCACAGUGAGGAACAUAGAAAGCAGCGAUGAGUCCUUGUUGCUAUGGACGGGACUCCUGGUACCGGAGAAGGCACCUUAUAACAAGGGUGCCUUCCGCAUCGAGAUCAGCUUUCCUCCACAAUACCCCUUCAUGCCGCCCAAGAUCCUGUUUAAGACGAAGAUUUAUCACCCGAACGUGGACGAGAAGGGCCAGGUCUGCCUUCCCAUAAUCAGUUCGGACAACUGGAAGCCCACCACGCGCACAGAACAAGUUCUGCAAGCUUUGAUAGCCAUCAUUCACGACCCGGAGCCUGAGCAUCCACUACGCUCCGACUUGGCCGAGGAGUUCGUCCGGGAGCCAAAGAAGUUCAUGAAGACGGCCGAGGAGUUUACCAAGAAGAACGCCGAGAAACGACCCGAGUGAGGCCUGGGUCGGCCAGUUGUUCCCAUUUUUGUGUACUUCAAAAUUUAAUUUAGUCCCGUGAAUCGGACAUUGUCUCGCAUAAAUUCUACCUGUUAUUAAAUAUUCUAAUUUCUUGGUUGUAAUAUAUUUGACAAAUGAAUAUGCUUAA